AUGUAUCUUCAGUUUUUGUUCGCGCUGUUUUUGUCGCGCUACCAAAUCGUGGCCACCGAAAACUUUGACCGCGCUUUCGAGCUGGCUCUGUUUCUGGACAGGAUCGGCCGCGUGCAUCGCUUGCAUGCCAUCACUAUAGUGAACAGCCUGGGAUCUGUUGAUCCCAGCUAUCUGGACGAUCUGCAUCGCGGCCUGAUGUGCAACAGCAGCAAUCACUUCUACAUGCUGCCGCAGAUGACGGCCACGGACAAGGAUUCCUCGCACGUCCACUUCAGCAGCCUGCAGGAUGAGGAGACCAUAUAUUUGGUCUUCGCCAGGGAUUCCAAGGAUGCGGUGAUUUACUUGCAGGCCGAAAGAGCCAGAGGAAGGCGUUACACGAGGACUAUGUUCCUGCUAAGAAAGCAGGAGUCGCAAAAGGACAUUAAAUACUUCUUUGAACUCCUGUGGAAACUGCAGUUCCGGAGCGCUUUGGUAGUGGUGGCCGCCAGAAACUUCUACCAAAUGGAUCCAUAUCCCACUGUUAGGGUGAUACGCAUGCGAAGAUUAUCCUCCUAUGAUCCGCAUCAUGUUUUUCCGCCUGCAAAUCGAAAAAAUUUCAGAGGCUACAGGAUGCGAUUGCCCGUACAGCAGGAUGUGCCCAAUACUUUUUGGUACAAGAAUCGCAGGACGAAGGCCUGGGAACUGGCCGGAUUGGGCGGGAUCUUGAUCAAUCAACUGAUGAUGCACCUGAACGUGACCAUGGAUUUGUUUAGAUUUGAAGUAAAUGGCUCUUCAUUGCUGAAUAUGGCUGCGCUCACGGAUCUGAUUGUAAAGGGCAAGGUGGAGCUGAGUCCGCACUUGUACGACACACUGCAAUCAAACACCAGUGUGGACUACUCAUAUCCCACGCAGGUGGCACCGCGCUGCUUCAUGAUCCCAUUGGACAAUGAAAUUUCGAGGAGCCUCUAUGUGUUCCUGCCAUUUAGUUUAACCAUGUGGCUGUGCUUGCUGUUUGUUCUGCUCGUAGUGCACUUCGUGUAUGUGCGCCGCCUGAUUCCAGACGGACAUUUUUGGGCCAUACUAGGAGUGCCUGGUGCUGGUCAAGUCAGAUAUGGCAACCGCAAGCCGGUCAGGCGCUUUAGUACCUUUCUGAUCCUCUUCGGAAUAUUCAUUCUUGGGCAAACGUACAGCACCAAACUAACUUCAUCUCUGACCGUGACUCUGAUCCGAAGACCAGACAACAGCUUGGAGGAGCUAUUCCUGCUGCCGUAUCGCAUUCUAGUGCUGCCCACGGAUGUGUACGCCAUCGUUGAUUCCCUGGGUCAUGCCGAGCAGUUUAGCACAAAGUUUAGCUGCACGGAUGCCGAGAACUUCAGCCAGAAGAGAAUCUCCAUGCAUCCGGAGUAUAUUUACCCCAUCAGUACAAUUCGUUGGCGUUUCUUCGAUAUGCAGCAGCGCUUUCUGAGAAAGAAACGCUUCUAUUUCUCCAAGAUUUGCCACGGCUCCUUUCCCUAUCAGUACCAGCUCAGGGUAGACUCACAUCUCAAGGAUGCCCUCCAUCGAUUCCUGCUGCAUGUGCAGCAAGCCGGGCUGCAUGAUCUUUGGCUGGAUACGUGCUAUCGCAAGGCCCAUCGCAUGGGCUAUCUCAAGGAUUUCUCCACACUGGCGGAGCUGGAGGAGAAACUGAGGCUCCGCCCACUGGCGCUCAAUCUGCUGGUGCCCGCGUUCAGUCUGUUUCUGUGCGGAAUGUUGGGCAGCGGAAUCGCCUUCCUGGUGGAGAUCCGUCACAGCUUCGGGUGCAGACAAAAGCCACCGUCCAUUAACCGCAACCCCGGGGAUUAA